GGACUUUCAGACAAAUGUCAAGAGAUGGCGGUAUUUUUUAUGAAGCAAAAAAUGGAUGCGCCCAUGUUGCAGGGAAGUUAAUGAAAAGUGAUGAUGUGUUCUUCUUUACGCCGGGAACUUUACAAAACUGCUCAUUGUAUUCAACUGUUACAGAAGUCAUCAACUCAUAGAUCCACUCACUAUAAGGCUAAUAAAUCGAUAUUUUGAAACAAAGGGAUACCGUCAACUCAUCAAUCGUAAUCACCAUGAAGCUAUCGCCAUGGGUACUGUGUUCUUGCCUCGCAUCUCUCUUCUCCUUCAUCAAGAGGACCGUCUUCCGGUUCCGGAGGAGACGGUCCAGCGAUCCCGGUCUACCUACCACCAAACCAUCAGGGACCCUGGGUCCUUCCAUCAAUGGGUCUGGUGCUCAGAAUUACAGCAAUACUUCACAAAUAAAUAACUCAGGCGUUGAUCUUGAUUGGGAUGACUGGGGGGAUGGCUCAACUAUGAGCAUCAAGAUUGACCCUACCACGCCCACGGUCGCUCCUAGUAACCAAACGGCGCCCUCGCUCGGAAAUCCAGACGAUGAAGAGGAAGAACAGCAAGUAGACUAUUUUGCAGAUAUGACACCAAGUUAUAAAAAACCUGCCACGAUACGAAAGAAGACACCUCAGAUGAUACCAGGUCCGUCUUCAUUAACUCAAGGAUUAUCAAAUAGACUUUCUUUAGGAAUGGAUGAAACAGCUCUACUAACGGAUGAGCUAGGCACAUGGACAGAAAACGACAACGGGUGGGAGGAGGAGGCUGGAGACGACUUGGCUUGGGAGGCGGAGCAAGUAAUUAGGGAGAAGAAACUAGCGGAGCGGGAGAGACGUGCUGCCGAGCAACGCCGGAAGAAGAUGGAGAAAGAAGUGCAGAGGAAUACAAAGAAGGACAUGAGCAAAUUGGCGACAAAAUUAAAAUGAAGGCUAGAUAAGGAUCGUGAUGUGAUGGUACAGCUGCGUACAGAACCUCGGGAAUCCUGUGAGUAGUCGAUAAGAAGUUGACGAUUACGGAGUCGCAGAGAAAGACAAAAGCAAAUUGGCAACAAAGUUUGUUAAAAUGGAAACCAGAUAAGGAUCAUUGAUUAUGGUCGUUGAACCAUUCACCGCUAAAUCCUGAUGGCUCCUGUGUGAAUUUGAUAGGAACCCAAUGACCUUUGAGUGGCAAAGAGAGACUUUUUAUGGCAUAUUGGUUAGAAAGUUAAAGCAGCCUGCCAUUGACAAAUCAGGGGGAAAAUGAAUCAAUACGAAAUUUGCAAAAGGCCAAUUGACUUGCAUAAUAUAAUCCGUCCGUCAUGAGAGCCCGUCAGUGUAAUGCGAUAAAAGUUCGGACAGCACAAAUUUGACCGAACCCAUGAUCGUUAUUUACUUCGGGUUGUCGCAGUUCUAGUUUCCAACAAUCCCAAUUCCUAGACUCUCAGCAGGUCUCUUGGUUGCUAAACCAAAAUAAAUAUCCUCUGUGAAGUUACAUGUUUCAAAGUGCAAACGCACAGUUUACUUCUGGUUGGUUAGUCGACUACCUAUUGCUCUCCUAGAUUAGACCUCCCAGACAUGCCGGCGUCUAUUACAUAACACCCCCAGGCAUGCAGCCGAGUGAAAGACUUUAAUCCCUUCUCUGUUCUGAGAUUGGCCUUGAUUUCCCCAUGAUUUGUCAAUGGAAGGUCGCUCUAAAGUGGAGGCCGGAUAAAGGAUCAUUGAUUAUAGAUGUUUAACCAUUUGCAUCUAAAACCUUGUGGUUCCUGUGUAAGUUCAAUUGGAACCUGAAGAUCAUUGAUGGCGGAAAAGAAGAUUUGGGCAAAAUGGCAACAAAAUUGAAAUGUGGACUAGAUAAGAAUCAUGUGACUGCAAUUACGUAAUUAACCCUUUGCCCCCCCCCCCCCCCCUCCUGAUGAAUCCUGUAUGAACUUAUCAAGUCUAGAAAACCUGUGGAUUUUGGCUCCGGAACCUGGGACAUCCUUAAAUGAAAUCUAUGCAGUACGGAGCCCAGUAGUGUAUGGGAUAUAAAAUGAAGAAAGCUUUAUAUUUUGCCAUGAUAUGAUGUGUGAAGGUUAGGUGUAAUUUUUUAAUAGGCAUAUUAUUUCAAGUCAUCGCAGCAAAUAAUGAUGUAAUAAGAAAGUCUUUAACGUUAAGGUCAGUUUAAUCUUAUUGUCUUUGAUCUAUAUCUGCCUGUAAUGUAACCUUAACUUUGUCAAAUCGUAAAAUCUUAGCUGAAGAAGCACUUGUCUAAAGACUGCCGACAUAGAUAAGCACUUGUGGGGACUUGUGUUAUGGGCUAUUCCACGGUUACUCACGUUACAUUUGGAGACACCUUGACUCAUACUUGGAGCUGUAACUCCAUUAUUAUUGAUAGGAACUAAACAUCUCUUUAUCACAACAAAGUACGCAGUAUGACUCUCCUUUGUAUAAAAACAAAACUUGGGAAAUUUUAUUAUGCUCCUGGCAAAUCUUUGAAAUGUGUCGGUUACUCAUGUUACAUGAUUUGGACAUGCAUGAAAUGAAAAGUCAACAUAAGUGAAAAGUGUCCUCAUACAAGGCUUUUAUGAAAGUUGAUUAUUUCCAUUUCAAAGAAGUAUAUUAGGGAGACAAACUUUGUAUAUAAUUCAAAAAUAAAGAACACAUGGUUUUUACUAGGGGUGCAGAUAAAGUGGUUACUCACGUUACGGUUCAGAUGGGCUAUAUGUACAAAGACACAUUGAGCUCAUGUCCACCAACCUAUGGAAUUGCCCUUAUUAAUUAUUAUUGCUUAGAAUUAAAAUGACCUGUUACCCAACCAGCAGGAAAGCCAUGCUAAUUUAGCUCAUUUCUCUCUCACCACUUAUGUAUUUACAAUGUAUUGUUAUUGUUAUGCUUGUUUUGAUUUUUCUUUAUCCAAAUCAACUUGUUGGAAUUAACUUGGGUAAUAAGAGAAAUGCAAACCAUCUAUCUUGUAUUCAGACCAAUGCCCUUCAAUGGCUGUAGAGAUUUGCUAUGCCCUGUCCUCAAAAGCGACCUAGCCCUAUUGCCCCCCCCCCCAUUUAUUAUAGGAAAUAAACACAUUUCAUAGACUAUCAAGACCUAUUUUGUAAAUAUCAUUGCACGGCUGGCAGAAGGGCGAAAAUUUCUCGCCAAGCAGAAGGGCGCACACACUAAAUCCCAUCUAAGCUAUAAAAUAUCAAACUUCUUUCAGACCAAACUUUAAUGAAUGAAUAAAGGGAUGAAAUGGAACAUGCAUUGUAAAUUUGGUCUGAAAGAAGUUGAUAUUUCAUAGGUUAGAUGGGAUUUAGUGCGUGCUCCCAUCUGCUUGGCGAGAAAUUUGCGCCCUUCUGCCAGCCGCGCGACUAUAAAUCAAUGUGAAAUCCUUGGUUAUCAUGGAACAGAACAUUAACUGUGGAAACUGUCCAUGUAUUGCAAUCCGUCUUUGACUUUAAAAGUUCAGUUUGGUAUCACUUUUGUAAUCAAUGACGAGUUUUAUUACUUUCUGUCAGAAAACACUGAAAUCAUGGCAUUUCUGAUUGGCUGAAAGCAUACUGAAACAGUAUUUUUUUAAACUGGAUUACAUGUGAUGGUGAUUACAUACAUUGUAGGCCAAUAUACAUGUAUUUGAAAUAAUCCAUGUCUACUUAAGUAUCUGCUGAAAUUGAUUGGUUCAUUGACUGGUCUAGGGACAGUGUGAUUUUCCGUUUCAAACAAUUUUCUUAUCCGUUUCUAAAAACUUGUAAUUCUGUUUCAAACUUGAUCUAAAAUGGAAAUCCUGUAAUCUGUAUUGUCAUUGAAAUUGUAAAGAGCAAAAUUAUUUAUUGCGUUUUGCAAUGGUAAAUUCAAUGAAUUUUCACAUGAAUGUACAGUUAUAGAGCCAAAACAUAUUUUUCUUUUUGAUUUACAAGCAGAGGAAUAUCACUGUCCCUACUGGGGCCCGUUCCAUAAAAAGUUGCAACUGUUAUAAUUUGCCAUUAUGGCAACUACCAUGGUAAGCUUGAUUUUGAUUGGCUGCUGAGCCCUGUUGCCAUGGUAGUUGCCAUAAUGGCAAAGUUACAACAGUUGCAACUCUUUAUGAAACGGGCCCCUGGUCUUUGUUUUGAAAAUUUGAAUGAUGGAAGAGUUGCAAUCUCCAAGCUGGUGAUUCUUAUAUUCAGGCAAAUAUUGAUUUAUUUUCGGGGACUACUUUUCACAAUUGAUCGCCUCAAUGUGCACCAUAAAUAAGCUUUAACAGUGCAGUGCAUGGGGAAUUUGGGGGCUCUUAUUUUCCAGGACUUUUUUUUUUCCAGUGUAAUUUUUUUUCCCCUACUACUAUUCAUUAAUGGUGUAUGAAUUAAAAUAAUACUUAAAAGAGCACCCUCCCCCUUCAUCUUCUACAUUGAUUCAAACUGUUUACUUGGUUGCUUGGGUUACUAUAAUUUGCUGAUAUAUUACAAUACUCCCCCCCCCCAAAAAAAAAAAAAAAGUUUCAAGAACUCAGAUUUUUUUUUUGGGGGGGUGGAUGGGGGGAACUAACAAAUACAAUACCUUGCUUUUGAGUCUAUGACAUUUGCAUCGAGGAUAUAUAUAAACCUAAUAAUUUAUUAUCUCAAUGGUCAAGGUCAAACAUGUGCUAGUCAAGCUUGUUCCCCCCCCCCCCUAUGUCGAAUUAGUGAAAUUUGUAUUGUAUGCUUAUAUUGUCCUGCCUGUAUUCCAAAACAUUUUUUCCAUUUGUGCUUGUCAUUUUGUUUCUACUUCUGACAUAAAGGCUUUCCCUAUGUCUGUGAGUUUGCUAUGAAUAAUUUCGUCAUUUUAAUGAUUUGUGGGUUCAGGUAUAUUGCUGAUAUCUGUCUGAUUAUACCCUGCAGGGAUGUUUCACCAACACUAAAAAUGAUUUUGAGAAUUUGAGAUACAUCAAUUGGUUGUAAUUCGUAAUUUGUAAUUGAUUUUAGUGGCUAGUGAAUCACCUCUAUAUGCAUGACCUAUUAUUACUAUUGACUUUGUUACUAGCAGUUAUCAAAUUCAGCAUUUGGAAAAAAGGAAUGUUUAGAUUGAUUUUUAAAUUCUCGUUGGUAUUUUUUGCCUUUAAUUAGUCUGCAACCUAUCACUUUUGUUUUUAAAUUGAGAGUAUUUUUAUUUCUGUCUCUUUUAACUUUUUUUAUUCUUUUAAAUUUCGUUCUACAAUUUAUGUAUUUGAUUACUUUUACUUGCUUUGAAUAUCUACAUUAUAAGUGCAAUUUAUCCUAGAAUUUGAGAGCAGUGCAGUUGGUCACUUACUGAGUGCAAGGAAGGGGGCAUGGGCUCCUGGCCCCACAUACCACUUUUUGUGUGAUGGGUGUAAAAAAAAGGUAACAGAUGAAAACUACAAGUAUAAUUGACAAUUAAUUGGAAGAGGCAUGAUUUCAGCAUAUGCCCCUACCCUUGCUUUCCUUAGAUACGCCACCGAAGCAAUGAAAAUGUGAAUUCAUUUUAAAAAAAUAUAUUUUUUUAGUGUUUGCUGCCAUACAUUUAUACCCUAUGAAGGGGUGCUACUGCUCACACAGUAUUUUGUUCAUAUAUUUUAUAGUAUUUCACAGACUUAGCAAGAUGGAUACAAACAAAUAACUCAAUCAGGUGCAAGACUCAUGGCUAUAAUCUGCCCCAUAACUGUCAAGUUCAAGUAAUUAAUAAUUAAAUAUUUUAUAUGUUAACAUUAA